CCCUCCUCCUCCUCCUCCAGCAGCCAAAGGGAUUUUUUUUCCCCCCUUUCUUUUCUCUCUCUCUCUCUCUCUCGCUCUCAUUUUUUUUUUCUUCCCAUUUUUUUUCCCCUCCUCCUCUUCCUCCCCGCCGCGGAGCCGGGCGCCAGCGUGAAGGAUAAAUAAAAAGCGAAGAGGAAGAGGCUGGGGAGGAGGAGGAGGAGAAGGGGGGGGAGGAGGAGGAGGAGGAGGAAAGAAGAAGAAGAAAGCGAGCAAGAAAAGAAAGCGAGGAGCCAGGCGGCCAGCCCAGCCGCGCCGCUCCCGGCAGCCAGGGCAGGAGGAGGCGGCGGCGGCGGAGCGGGGGCCGGGGGCCGGCGAUGGAUGACCAGCCGCGGCUGAUGCACACGCACAGCGGGGUGGGGAUGCCGGGGCACCCGGGCCUGUCCCAGCACAUGCAGGAUGGACCAGGCGGGGCGGAGGGGGAGGCAGGCAGGAAGCAGGACAUCGGAGACAUCUUACAGCAGAUCAUGACCAUCACGGACCAGAGUUUGGACGAAGCGCAGGCCAGGAAACACGCGUUAAACUGCCACAGGAUGAAGCCAGCCCUUUUUAAUGUCUUGUGUGAAAUCAAAGAAAAAACAGUGCUGAGCAUCCGGGGGGCGCAGGAAGAGGAGCCCACGGACCCCCAGCUGAUGCGGUUAGACAACAUGCUCCUGGCCGAGGGGGUAGCGGGCCCCGAAAAAGGAGGGGGUUCAGCCGCCGCUGCCGCCGCCGCCGCCGCAUCGGGAGGAGCUGGCUCCGACAACUCGGUGGAGCACUCCGACUACAGAGCCAAACUCUCCCAGAUCCGGCAGAUCUACCACACGGAGCUGGAGAAGUACGAGCAGGCGUGCAACGAAUUCACCACCCAUGUGAUGAACCUGCUGCGUGAGCAGAGCCGGACCCGACCUAUCUCACCAAAGGAGAUAGAGCGGAUGGUGAGCAUCAUCCACCGCAAGUUCAGCUCCAUCCAGAUGCAGUUGAAGCAAAGCACGUGUGAAGCCGUCAUGAUCUUGCGCUCCCGAUUUCUGGAUGCACGGCGGAAGAGACGAAACUUCAACAAGCAGGCUACGGAAAUCCUGAAUGAGUAUUUCUAUUCCCAUCUCAGCAACCCUUACCCCAGUGAGGAAGCCAAAGAAGAGCUAGCCAAGAAAUGCGGCAUCACAGUCUCACAGGUAUCAAACUGGUUUGGAAAUAAGAGAAUCCGGUACAAGAAGAACAUAGGUAAAUUUCAAGAGGAAGCCAAUAUUUAUGCUGCCAAAACGGCUGUCACGGCUACCAAUGUGUCAGCCCAUGGAAGCCAGGCUAACUCACCCUCAACUCCCAAUUCAGCUGGUUCUUCCAGUUCUUUUAACAUGUCAAACUCUGGAGAUUUGUUCAUGAGCGUGCAGUCUCUCAAUGGGGAUUCUUACCAAGGGGCCCAGGUUGGAGCCAACGUGCAGUCACAGGUGGAUACCCUUCGCCAUGUUAUCAGCCAGACAGGAGGAUACAGUGACGGACUCGCAGCAAGUCAGAUGUAUAGUCCGCAGGGCAUCAGUGCUAAUGGAGGUUGGCAAGACGCUACUACCCCGUCGUCGGUGACCUCCCCCACAGAAGGCCCUGGCAGCGUUCACUCUGAUACCUCCAACUGAUCUCCCAGCAAAUUGCAUCCCUGGCUGAGCCGGCCCCGGCGGGGGCGGGAGGGGAGGGGGCCUCUCCUAACACCGCAGCAGUCAGACUGGAGGUGAACCCAAUCAGCACACACAAGAAGACUCCUCUUCUCUUCUCUUCGUCGGGAUGCUUUUUUCAGCCAAUCUGGACACUUCUUUAUACUCUCUUCCCUUUUCUUUUCUGGGUAGAAGCCGCUCUCCCCCUCCCUGCCACCGCCACAACACCACUCCCUUCCCCUCACCCCUUCCCACCGAAGGAUGUGUCAACAGGUAGAAGGAUUUUAUGGAGGAAAAGCAAAGAUCAACUGCCGCCACACAAAACGACCCCACAGCAGCGUACGGCCUCGUGCUGGGUGUCUUCCUGAGGAGCCGCAAACGUACCUCAGUCGCUUCUCGCUCCUUUACUAGCAGGCAGCACCCCCCUCACACACCUCCCCCCGUGUCUCUCACGCUACCUCUCCCUAGGGAAACGCCACCGCAGCCCCGCUGCCGUCUCGUCUCCGCCGGCCCGGGCCACAGCCAGCACGUCGCCUCCCAGCCCUGCCUCCGUGAGCUGUGCCCCGGGUGCUGCUGGUGAUGGGGUGGGUGGACGCAAGCCCCCCGUGCACGUAGGAGAAGGAGCCAACACGCUCCCCUUCACUUCCGAAAGGUACUGGCCCAUUCCCGGCCCUUGGGGAAACCGCCGGCGCUUCCCGGUCCCUGCCUUGCUCAGCCGCGCAUCCUGCUGGAUGCUGUGAGCUGGGUGAGCCAUGAAACCCCACCGUCCUCCCUGCCUGCCCUUGGAGGGGAGGAGAGGAGGGAAGGAGACGAGGCAGAGGCGGGCGAGAAAUGGCCAUCGCCGAUAAGGAAGGCGCUGAGCACCUCCAUGGUGUUGUACGGGAUCAGGCAUUGAUAAUGGAUGGGACCCCAGCAGUUUUCUCCCAGCACCUCGGGAGGUCAGCGGUGGAGUUUUUUCUGGCGAGGAGAUUGUCCUGGGGUGUUGGCUCACAUUUUCGGGAGUGUGCUGCGCUGUGGAAGAGGAGGAGAUGGGGUUCCCCAGGGCAGACAGGACCCACAGCGGUAGGUGGCACCUGCCGCAUUCCCAAAGCCCUGCCGGGCAGGCAGUGAGGGACGGGCGGCGGGAUCGCGGAGGCUGGAUGUGGUGGGGUGAGCACGUCGGGUGCUUCUGGUCACGGUUAACGUGACAGUUUUGCUUGAGGGUGAAGCUCUGUAGGCCGGGUGGGUGCCCUGCUUGGGGAUGUCUUUCUGAUGAAGCUGCUGGUUUUGUCCUGGGAGUUCCUCUGGGCAGUGGCAUCCCAAGCCGUGGGAGCACUGGUGGGGUUUUCCACCCAGCUUUUCAGGUCCGCUUUUUGGACAAGCGGUGUUGGGCGGUACGCAAGGUAUCAUCUUGCAUCACCUUCACACAGCCGGCACUGGGAGGACACGGCUUUCAUUGAAAAGCGGGGUGCGGAGACGUCACUUUGCCCCAGGCAACGGGGCUGAGCUGUGUGCCGGGGAAGGUACUUUUCGGCCACUGGUUCUUCCAGCGGGCACGAGGAGGCUGAGCCGGCCUGCGGCAAGACCCCGGGUGUCGUGGGGACCGGCGUGGGUGCAGCAUGUCUGGCACCUCGUGAUGGACCCUAAUGCCUCUCUCGGCCACAUCUUGCACGUCCGUGCCCACCCUGCCCAUGCCGAUGCUGGCCAUCUCGAGAUGGGAAUUGCCAGCCCAGAGCAGCAUGAAGCAGGAACCGUUUAAAAUUUAAGCUCUGCCCGAAAAAUUCCCACCCUUUUGCUGGAAAAAGGAGGUGCCCGUGGCUCUGACGUGCUGUCACCUUGCAGCACGGGGCCAGCAGUAUGACUCGCCUGAAGUGGAGGUGAAGCCUGGCUUUCCAAGGGGAAUAAGCCCAGAAGGCUCUAAAACACCCGCUCUGAAGUUUGUGACCUUCCCCCAAAUACCAAAAGUCUGGAUUCAGUGGAUUUUCUGUUUCGGAGCUGGUGGAUUCAGAGUAGGACGUGAAAGGUGGACAAGAAACGGCACAAGCUCAUCUUUGCGUAGUUCUUAAUCUCCAGCGGUGGGACACAUUCGGCUCCUCCUUUCGCAUCCGGGUACGGGGACCGUGCUGCAGAGCGUGAUGUGACACCCAAGGUCUAGGGCUGGGAAUUAACAUAUUUCCAGCUGGGAAUACGUUGAGAGCAAGGAGAAGGUUGGUUCCCUGUGAGGACGGUUAGGAGAUGCUGCCCAUCUUCCCAAGCCGUGCACCAUCCCGCUCUCCUCCUCCCCCUUCCGUGGCCUCCCCCAGUACAGCCUUUUAACCAUUUCCAGCUGAUUUUACAUGAAGCGGUUCCAGCAGAGCGUUUCAGGGAUGCGGGACUGGGUCAGAGCCGUUCUCCGGAGCAGCAGUAGUGUGCUGUGCCUGUGGGAAUGCAGCCGUACCUCUCGGAAACCAACCCGGAAUGAGCCGAAACCACCAGCUCACCGGAGACGGCCGGUGCCGGGGGUGCCUUCCCCUGCCCUGCACCCCCUGCCUGCGGCACCCCACCUCCUCCACGGUACUUUCCAAAUCACCUCCUGGGUUUCCCCGGUUGGUCCCUCCGGUUCGCGUUGGCGUAGCUACUGGCUUGCCUUUUUCUUUGCUUUUUUUUUAUUUUUGGGUUUUGUUUCUCCUCCCCUUCCCCCCCACCCCAGCCCCGAGUGUUGUGGAUUUUUUUCUUCUUCUUUUUCUUUUUUUUUUUUUUUCUGCCCAGAAAAACCUGACUUCGAUACCAAAAAAAAAACAAAACAAAACAAAAAAAAAAAACAAAAAAAAACAAACAAAAAAAACCUGCAGAAACUCAAAAAAAAUAAAAACAAAAAAAAAAACACACAAAAAAAACUCGACGAUUCUUUCAGCUUUAUUAACAUUUUCCAUUGUUUCUUGCGAUUUGUGUCUCGUUCUUUGUAGUAUUGAUGAUAACGAACAUUUGAUAAUGAAUGUUCUUGUAUAUUCAGAUAAAGGAGAAAAAAAAAAAACCAAAAACGCAGUCGGAAUUUAAUAGUGUUUAUAAUAAAAGAAUAAAAAAUGACCCUCUUAGCACGCAAAAUUGAACAGGGGGAAGGUCCCAUCCCUGUUCUUUCUGUGGCAACAAGCGCUUCAUUCCUGUAUAGUUUAUAACAUCGAACUACCUACAUUCAUCUUCUUUUUUUUUUUUUUUAUUUGUUUGUUUUUCCCAUGGUUGGUUUGUUUGGUUCCUCCCCCCUUCCCCCGCCCCCCCCCCCCCCAUUUUCUCGCAUUUGUGAAUUAGUUCAAGAAUGCUAGAAAAGUGUAGAGUUGUGCACACUCAUUUCUUCUUACACAAUGUUUAAAAAAAGUGACGGUAAUUCAUUUUGUAAAACUUUAAAAAGGAUAAAAAAAACAGUUGGAAUAGCGAGCAUUAAUAGGUACAGUCUAACACUUUUAUGUUUCUUAACGUUGAGACCCAGAAAUUGCCUUUUAUUUUUUAUUUUUUUUUUUUUUUUGGCAUUAUUUAGGAGGGGUGAGGGGGCUUUGAUGAUGAUGCUGAGUUUAUUUGGACCUUGCCAAGACGACGGCCCUGCCGCUUCCCCCCGCGCUUUUGAGCUGGGACCCAAGUGAUGUGAAAAGUGAUGGUGGUGUUUUGGGGAGGGGGGGGGGAGGGGAUGAGGGUGUUUUACUCUCCGGGAGGCGCGGGGGUCUGCACACACUUUGACACCCAACCCCAGAAGAUCCUUGAGGUGGCUGCUCUGGGGUUAACCGGGGGAUUAUGUCCCCAGAGAGAGAUGUGAUCCCGAGGGGUUUUGGGGAGGAGAUGCCGAGGAGGGAGUCAGGCGCUGAUCCCCGAUGCGAUGCUGAGCUGCCUGGAAAUGAUGAAAGGGCGCAUCAAUCCUCCCCAAAAACGUGUGGAUGGUGGGCUUCGACACCCUUAUGCUCUGCCCCAAAUCCUGGCGGCACCCUUGGCCCAAAAACGAGGGGUUCGGAGCAAGGCACCAACCUCAUUCCCACCGUGGACCUUGUUGAGGAUGGGGGUCUCACAGCCUGGCCCCGAGCCCCGGUUGCACGGGGAAGGAUGAGGGACAAGGGAUGGGGAUGUGACAGCCCCCCACCACCCCAGCCAUGCUGGGACGUGGCCAAAAUGCCCCCGAAUUUCAGCCCGGAAUCUCGGUGGCUGCGGAGUUGGGGGGGGGGGGCGUUGAAGGGAAAGACGCCGGUUGGCGUGGCUGUAGUUUUCUCUUAAAGCAGUUCCCUGGCUCGCCUCCCUCCUCCCGAAAAAACCUGAGCUUUUCACAUCACUGAACGGUUUAGGGUUUGGGGUGUUAUUUUCGAUCCCAAGGGUUCCUGGAGUCCUUUUGUUUUCGUACACCUGUAUUAUUAUUAUUAUUAUUAUUAUUAUUAUUAAGACGAUGUAAAUCAAAUGUUGCCUGGGGGGUUGGUUUUGUCGGUUUGCUUUUUUUUUGUUCUUGCAAAGCCCUUUCUGUCCCCUGUAAAGAUGAUCCAGUUGCUCUGAGUUGCUUUUUCUUUUCUAUUUCCCCCCCCAACUUUUUUUUUUUUCCUCCUCCUCUUCCUAACGGAUUCCAAAUAUUAAAAAAAAAAAAGAAAAACCCUAAAAAAAAAAAAAAAGACUCUCUGUUCCGACCUGGUUUUGAAACUUUAAGCUUUUCUGCUUCUGUAAAGAAAAAAAAAGAAAAAAAAAAAGGCCUCUGUCUUUCUGAUCCCAAUUGAGACUUUUAUGUUCUAUGACGAUACUAACAAGGUGUAGGUUUUACAGUUUCCUGAUUUGUACUGGUAAUGCAUAUUCCAAAUAAAUAGUUUCUUUUGUUGCAAAAAAA